CGGAAGAUGAGCAGUCAUAGGCUCUUGCUGCUGCUGGUGGCGUUCACGGCACUGCUUGCGUUGACAACGGCGGCGGAGUACAAUGUGGUUGACUACGGCGCAAGGCCUGAUGGCGGGACGGACUCGGCGGGGGCGUUCCUGGCCGCGUGGGGUGCAGCGUGCAAUGACACAGGGCGCUCCGGCUCCCGGCCGGUGCUGCGCGUGCCGGCGGGCAGGUUCCUGCUUAGCCAGGCCUAUUUCAAGGGGCCCUGCCGGAGCGCCGGCGUGGUCGUGGCCAUUGACAACAACGGCACGGUCUUCGCGCCGCCGGCACUAGACAGCAAGGCGUGGAUCAUGUUCCACCACGCCGAUGGCCUGGCGAUCCGCGGCGGGACGCUAGACGGGCAGGGGCAGGAGUAUUGGGCGUGUAAGAAGGUCGGCAAUUGCACGGGUCAAGGCCCCAGGACGCUCGACAUUAGCCAGUCCAAGGGCGUGAGUGUGAAGCAGCUGACGCUGCUCAACAGCAAGGUAUUCCACAUGGCCAUCUUCGACUGCACCGGCGUGACGGUCCAAGGCAUCCAGAUCAUCGCGCCGGCCAACAGCCCCAACACCGAUGGCAUCCACGUCAGCCACUCCCGCCACGUGAGCAUCCUCAACACCACCAUCGGCACCGGGGACGAUUGCGUCUCCUUAGGGCCCGGCACCUCCAACGUGCUCAUAAGGGACAUCGAGUGCGGUCCGGGCCACGGCAUCAGCAUCGGGAGCCUGGGAUGGCAGGACGGUGAGGAGGGGGUGAGGAACGUGACGGUGGACAGGGCGGUGCUCACGGGCACGACCAACGGCCUGCGGAUCAAGACGUGGGCGAUGCCCAACUCCGGCUCCGUCACAAACGUCUCCUUCUCACGGGUCACAAUGAACCGCGUGGCCAACCCCAUCCUCGUCGACCAGAACUACUGCCCCCGCAAGGUCGACUGCCCAGGCAAUAGCUCGGGGGUGCAGAUCAGCAACAUAUCAUACACGGACAUCGAGGGCACAUCGGCGACGCCCGUUGCAGUGAAGUUCAACUGCAGCAGCACCAACCCCUGCAGCGGGAUCAAGCUCACGAACAUUAGGCUGGCGUACAAGCACAAGCGGCCGGCGCAGGCCAAGUGCGGAAAUGCCGGCGGGUCCACGUCCGGAGAGGUCAGACCGCCGAGCUGCUUCUGACGAUCGGAGUUGGCCGUCCGGACGGAAAAGCGCGAGCAUCUUCUUGAUUUGAUGGUUUCUGUAAUAGUUUUGCUAAGUCAUAGUCGACUUAGACUUCGUUAUGUCUCAGUCGAUAGUAUUUUGCUUUGAUUUUGCAUGGAGAUUCGUGCAAAAAAAUAUUUUCAAUUUUUCUUUUUUCUUCUUACAUACCAUAGCACUUGACUUAGACUUGGUUAAGUCUCAGUCGAUUAAGACCUAACCACACCCUUUCUGUAAAUACUUCUCUUGCACAGUUGCGUAAGAUCAGAAAGAAAAAACAUGGUA